AUGUCAGCUAAUUGGGAUGAUAGCGGUGAGUUCAUUUUCAGAGAUUUACAGUAGUAUAAACGGAUUGAGCUUCGGUAGUCGUUCCGGUGUCAUUUCGCUCUAUCGUUUAGUGUAUUCGAGACUUCCAGAUAAUAUUAUCUUUAUUUCGUGAGGGGAACACAAUGAAUGUAACUCGGGUUCCUGCGCGGAGAUAGUGCCGGGUCAGGGUAAACCAUAUCUUGCCCGCCUAUGAAUAAUAUUAGGAGGAAAUCGGAAGAUGACAGGCCAAAGUGCAGGCCUGUGACAGUAGUCUGAGAUUGCGCGUCAAGACCAUUCAACAUAAGGAUGAGCAAUUUAUCCCCUUUUUGCAAUCAAUUUAUUUUCAGACAGCGAAAACGACAACGUGGUUGUCGAAGAGAAGCCGCUGAUUCUGCCUCGUGCUCGUCAACCGUCGAUAGCCAAAAGUCUCGAGAAGGUACAGAUUCUGGAGAACAGCGUCGCCGGAUCGGAAAAAAACGCAUCGGACGACGACUCGGACGCCAGUUCAGUGAUGUCCGACGAUUUGGAAAACAUCGGAGAAACUACGGAAGUGCUCAAUCUCUCUCUUGAACAGCUCGCUUUCAUGAAGAAAAAUCUCGCCGCAUUCCAGUGCAACUACAAGAACAUCAUCAGCGAGUUCGCCGACGUCGAGAUCUUUCUCAUUUCGGUCGACUCGCUGAUUGUUGAAUGUGCUGCACAUAGCUAUCAUAAUUGGGACGUUGCCGGUCAAUCAAUCGUCCUCAACAAGCAAAUCGAUCGUUUUUUACAACAGUUUGUGGACAUUGGAGGUCGAUUCAAGUUGGUGGUUUUCUCCGAUUUAACCGCUCAAUUCGCGAAGGACACGACGCUUUCGUUUGCUCGAUCGGCGGCUCUCGCCCACCUCGCCAGUGGCCCGCAUGCUCGCGAUCUCCUUUUCUUUACCAAUCCAACGGAUUCGGAGUGGGACAAGUUGCUCAACGAUCUGACGCCCUCCUUUCUCAUGAUCUCCACCGAUAACGUUACUCCUAAUGUGUGCGCUUCUCAGGACAUCGAUUUGACCAAGCAAUUUGAAACAAUCGGUUCGGCAUUAGAUAUUUUAUUUGGUGAUCAGUUUAUCUUCUUUCAGCUCUCGACGUUCUCACUCGUUCCAUGUCUGUCGUGCUUCUUCAUUCGAUCAAAGUCAAUUUCGCGUCGGUCGAAGCCUACUACAUUCAACCAAGACUUGUCAUAGCUCCGGACUGGCCGGCGUUCCUUGCUGCCCACUGGGAGAACAACAGCAUCCUCCUCCGCAACCAUCUCAGCAAGGAGGUCAAGUUCAAUCAAUUUGAGACACUCGCCGACCUGUGGGCGAAAGUUAUCCUAGAUGCGAAGGCGACCGGAAAAGCGUCUGAUUCAUUCGACACGCUCGCAGCUGCCGUUCUCUUGUCCUCCUUGAUUUGCACUAGAAGAGGACCUCACAGAAUCUAUUAUCCGGAUCGUACGGAUGCGAAACGAGGACUCAACGUCAUCAGAGACAGACGUCUCAUUCUCAAUGCAGCAGUUGUUCUACUCGACAAAGCCGAUCAUGCCGUAAUUUACAAUCUGUUAGAAUUAGAUUGUGUACUCUUUAUUUUCAGAACUCGAAGCUGGACUUGACGGAUUUGUGGGACGGCCGAAUGGUCUACUCGAUCUUCGACGAACUGAAUGCCAGUGUUUCCGUUCUCCCGUACCGACUUCAGGAGGAGUUUGCCAAGUACCAUCAGAAGGCCGGACUCACUGUUCCACUCGCAACCGACACAGCCGAAAAGCUGUUCGAUCCACUUCCUGAAAUCACUGAUCCUCUUCUGAAUCUUCCGAUUCUGUACAGUGUCACUUCUCCGAUGCUCAAGAGAUUCGUACCUGAAACUGAAAAAAUGACAUCGCAGAAUGCUGUGGAGGAAGGAGCAGUUCAAGAUUAUGCCGAAUUCUUGAAGGACACUUCUCAAUGGAGAUUGAAGCCGAUUGAGGAGACCUAUGCCCAGAAAGAGGAGAAGAUUGAGGAUGCGUGGCAGUUGAAGCGGGCGAACCGAGCCAAACAGUUCCUGAUGAGAUGGUACGAACUUUUCGCCAAUUCGCUUGAAGGUCGCGGAUCUAACUUGCUGGUUGACUUCUCGAGAGUUCCGAAAGGAUUUGCAACCGUCGAAGAGGAGGUCGUUGAAGAAAAGAAAACAGGAAAAGGAGGAUGGAGCGGACAGAAACAGCAGAAACCAGGGGCUGGUGGAAAGAAGGGAGUUGUGAAAGAUGCUGGAAAGUCGAAGAAGGAUAUGAUUCUGGAAGCGAACAAAAAGGCGAAGGAUCAGAAACUGGCGGAGAGUGAGAAGGUGAAGAUCAAAUACGGAUGUCAACAGGGCAAAGGAGUCCAUUGUGUUCCUGAACAACCUUUACACCUCGCUCGAUCUUCCCGAAUCGAAAGCUCUUUGUCGCUUCGAAGUGACUGUCCGCGAAGGAAGAAUACUUUUCGAUCAUCAUCAAGGUCCUGAAAAGCAGGAAGCACGAAGAAGCGUUGCAAUCGAUUUGGUCGGACAUAUCAAGGACUGCUUCAUGAAACACUGGGAACAUUUGGAGCCGAAACAGAAAGAACAGAUCGUCGAUCUCUGGGUUUCUCUCGGUUUCGAUGCGCCAGCUGGUUCCAAGCCGUCUUCCGAAGCGAAACAGAAGAAGCUGAAUCUGGGUAUCAACAUGAUCUACUAUCAGUUGCAAUACGGAGGAGAACUCAUUGAUAUCCAAUCUGACCCAAAGAAGGACGACCGUGUGAGUGGAUUCGCUCCAGAUGGAUGGCAGAGAAAGAUGCUCGACGCAGUCGACAGAGGAAACUCAGCCCUUAUUAUCGCGCCGACUUCCGCCGGUAAGACUUUCGUCUCGUACUACUGUAUCGAGAAAGUGCUCCGUGCGAGUGACAACGAUGUCGUCGUGUAUGUCGCCCCAUCGAAAGCUCUUAUCAAUCAGGUUCGUUGCAAAUAUCGUUGACCCGCACACAAGUGAAAUUUCAGGUGUGCGGAUCCGUGUACGCCCGUUUCCGUAACAAGUCGAUGAAACGAGGAAUGUCGCUGUUUGGAACACUGACCCAGGAGUAUUCGCAGAAUGCAAUGCAGUGCCAAGUGCUCAUCACUGUGCCAGAGUGCCUGCAGGAACUGAUGCUCUCUAGAACACCGGCCGUCCAGAAGUUUGUGUCGCACAUUAAGUACGUCGUUUUUCGACGAAGUCCACUCGAUCGGAGCCUCCGAAGAAUCGCAUAUUUGGGAGCAGCUUCUUUUGCUUAUUCAGUGCCCAUUCCUUGCUCUUUCCGCCACCAUCGGAAAUGCGGACAAAUUGCAUGAGUGGCUGAACUCCAGCGAGCAAGCGAAGAGUUCCACAAAACGGAAGGUCGAGCUCAUCAACUACGGAGAAAGAUACUCUGAAUUGGAGUUGUCCAUUCUGAACAUCAACGAUCCGCACGGAGAAGAAGGCGGAGCCGAACACAAGAAGGGAUCCGGCGACAAAGCGGUGAUUCCACUCAUGCCGUACGGAGUGUACAUGCCAGAGAAGUUGCGAAUGUUCUCUAUCCCGGAAGAUCAGCAGUUGACCGCCAAACAGAUACUUCAUCUGUACAAUAUGAUGGUGGAAGUCGAUCCCGCUUGCAAGUGAGUUCUCGCCACGCACUUUAAUAUUUACAGUUUUGUUUUUAGGAAAGAGUUCGAGCCAUGCACAUUCUUUGGUCAGCACGGUUCGAAAGCCGUCUGGAUUUCGAGAUCGGAACUCCGUCGCCUCGAAAAACGCACUGAAAAAAAGAAGUUCAUGGAGUGGCUGACCACUGACGAGCAAAAAGAUUAAUUCGAUUCUGAAAAUUCUCAAGGAGCCAGUCAACAGUCAGCUCACGCACAGAGCUCGUCCCUUCAACAAGGAAAAAGUUGCCAACGACUACGUCGUUACUCUUGUCGACGAAUUGAGAGACAAAGGAGAACUCCCAGCCAUCUGCUUCAAUGACGAUCGUCACGUGUGUGAGAAACUCGCCACUACGCUCGCCAACGAAUUGGAGAGAAGAGAACUGGAAUACAUGGAGACGGAUGAGUUCAAGACAAAGUAUAUGAUCAAGGACGAGAGUAAACUGGUGAAGCAGGCGAAGAGAAAGCGUGAUGAAGCCGAGAAGAAGAAGAAGGGAGACAAGGACGAGGAUGCAGGUCCGGAGAAGGAGGACGACGAGAUGGACGUGCUUGCGAUGAAGAAGGCGAGACUCGCAAGAGUUCUCGAAAGAUUCAAGUUGCGCGGAAGAAACGGAGGAGAUUCGGAUUUGUACGCGAAAAUGACGGAGAGAAUGCAGAAGAACGCGAAAAACCGUGAGAGUACGCAGCUGCUUCUGAAGCUCUUCGAACGCGGAAUCGGAUUCCAUCAUGCUGGACUGAACACGACCGAAAGAGGCGCUGUUGAAGUGCUCUUCCGUUCCGGCAACCUUGCCGUUCUUUUCUCCACUUCGACCCUUUCUCUCGGAGUCAACAUGCCCUGUAAGACUGUCAUGUUCGGAGUGGACACUCUCCAAUUGACUCCUCUCCUCUAUCGCCAAAUGAGUGGUCGUGCUGGACGACGUGGUUUCGAUCAUUCCGGAAACGUUAUCUUCAUGAGCAUACCGACUAGGUUAGUUUUUUUAAAGCUGAUUACACCCAACGUUGUAUCUUCCAGCAAGAUCCGUCGCCUCUUGACUGCUUCCCUGUCGAAUCUUCAAGGAAAUCCACCUUUCACCGUCAUUUUCCUUCUCCGUUUGUUCGCUUACGUGCACCAACAGGACAUUUUGGACGACGAAGGACAGAAGGUGUCCACGAUGAAGCAGCGUGCUUUUGCCGCCAAGUCUCUCCUCGAGCAUUCCUUUAGUCUUCACACUCGCCGCGAAGCCUCUGAUGGUGUGCUCCAGAAGCAGCUUCGCAUGUUCUCUGCAUUCUCGUUCCAACUUCUCCGACAUAUGCAACUGCUGUCGCCUUUCGGUGAAGCCAAGAACUUUGCCGAGAUGGCCAUUCACUCGUCGGCUGGAGCUUCUGGAACACUUCUCUUCAUUUAUCUGAUGCAGAAGAAGUGCUUCCAUCAACUUCUCAAAAAAAUCGAGUCGCCGGAGCAGGCACAACUCACGAUGCUGGAGAUCCUCGCCAAUCUGUUUACCAACGUUCGCAUGGCUCCGUUCCAUGAGCGAAACGAUGCUCUCGAGAGCGUGCACGUCCAACUUCGCGGCCUGCCUGCUGAUUUGAUUCCGUUCGUCAAGGAAUACAAUGAAACGGUCACUGGACUCUACAAGCGAUUCAUGGCUGCGUCUUCCAAGGACGGAAGCCUCUUCGUGAGCGUUUCUCAUUGGUUCAUUUCUAAAUGUUUUGUUUCAGGAUCAGUCGUUUACGGUCAGUGGAAAAUUGGAUUCAGAGUCGGUUUCUCUGACCGAAGACUUCCUCGUCGCCCCGCUGUUCGAUCAGUACUCGCAUGAUGAGUCGUUCCUCCCAGUGCUCGAUUUCGACAAGAAGGACCAUCGCGGUCGCAAGAUUCAGCGCAAUGCGUUCGCUUAUGACUUCUUCGUGCACGGCUCCCGUAAAUUAUUGUGCGAAGUGAACACCCUGAACGUGAGCACCGCUUGGUUCCAAGUCCACGAUUUCGCGGUUUGUCAAUUCCUUUCAAAUCACCUGCUCAAGCUCAUUCUAUUUUCAGUCGAUUCUUGAGAGACUCGCCGUUGGAGUGCACAACAUGGCCCGUCCUCAGGAUCCGCUCGUAUUGGUGCUCGAAGAUCUGGCCAAGAACUACGACGAGAAGUUCCGCAAAGCUUUUGGAAUGCGUUCGCGCGACUAAUUCUCCCAAUAACCCUCAUCUUCUCACUUUUCUAUAUGUUUCUUCUAUGCAGAAUACUGGUUACACCUUCAGUUUUGUAAUUGGAACGUCCCCGGUCGCUUUCAUACCAAAAUUCCUUUACUAUGUUUCCAGUGCUGCCUUCCCAUUUCUGUCCUCUUGUUGUCUCGUUCUUUUGUUGCUUUUCACUCCCACACAUUCAUAUACACAAAAAAUUUUGAAUUUUUCUAAUGUAAAGUUGUUGGUCAAUAAAGUGCAUGGAUGAAAAGAGGCAAUGUCACCGCGCCUUCUCGGCGCAGUAGUAUAAACGGAUUGAGCUUCGAUAGUCGUACCGGUGUCAUUUCGCUCUAUCGUUUAGUGUAUUCGAGACUUCCAGAUAAUAUUAUCUUUAUUUCGUGCCUUCAUUCGACAUUGGAGAGUCCUGCCACUCUCCGUCGUGAGGGGAACACAAUGAAUGUAACUCGGGUUCCUGCGCGGAGAUAGUGCCGGGUCAGGGUAAACCAUAUCUUGCCCGCCUAUGGAUAAUAUUAGGAGGAAAUCGGAAGAUGACAGGCCAAAGUGCAGGCCUGUGACAGUUGUUGUGUUCUCAGGCAAACACAAAUUACUCGAUUACUAUUUAUUUUUAAGAUACUUAAAAAUACAACCGAAUGCUGAGUAAGCUCGGGGAAAAUCUAUCCAACUGAAAUGAUGACAAUUCAGCUUGAUGUGUGAGAGAGAGAGACGCAGAGAACGCGCGCUGGGUGUAAACUCGCGCCACACAUUUUCUUACGGUUUUAAACUUGUGGGCCUGCACCCAACAACAGUAGUCUGAGAUUGCGCGUCAAGACCAUUCAACAUAAGGAUGAGCAAUUUAUCCCCUUUUUGCAAUAAAUUUAUUUUUUGACAGCGAAAACGACAACGUGGUUGUCGAAGAGAAGCCGCUGAUUCUGUCUCGUGCUCGUCAACCGUCGAUAGCCAAAAGUCUCGAGAAGGUACAGAUUCUGGAGAACAGCGUCGCCGGAUCGGAAAAAAACGCAUCGGACGACGACUCGGACGCCAGUUCAAUGAUGUCCGACGAUUUGGAAAACAUCGGAGAAACUACGGAAGUGCUCAAUCUCUCUCUUAAACAGCUCGCUUUCAUGAAGAAAAAUCUCGCCGCAUUCCAGUGCAACUACAAGAACAUCAUCAGCGAGUUCGCCGACGUCGAGAUCUUUCUCAUUUCGGUCGACUCGCUGAUUGUUGAAUGUGCUGCACAUAGCUAUCAUAACUGGGACGUUGCCGGUCAAUCAAUUGUCCUCAACAAGCAAAUCGAUCGUUUUUUACAACAGUUUGUGGACAUUGGAGGUCGAUUCAAGUUGGUGGUUUUCUCCGAUUUAACCGCUCAAUUCGCGAAGGACACGACGCUUUCGUUUGCUCGAUCGGCGGCUCUCGCCCACCUCGCCAGUGGCCCGCAUGCUCGCGAUCUCCUUUUCUUUACCAAUCCAACGGAUUCGGAGUGGGACAAGUUGCUCAACGAUCUGACGCCCUCCUUUCUCAUGAUCUCCACCGAUAACGUUACUCCUAAUGUGUGCGCUUCUCAGGACAUCGAUUUGACCAAGCAAUUUGAAACAAUCGGUUCGGCAUUAGAUAUUUUAUUUGGUGAUCAGUUUAUCUUCUUUCAGCUCUCGACGUUCUCACUCGUUCCAUGUCUGUCGUGCUUCUUCAUUCGAUCAAAGUCAAUUUCGCGUCGGUCGAAGCCUACUACAUUCAACCAAGACUUUUCAUAGCUCGGGACUGGCCGGCGUUCCUUGCUGCCCACUGGGAGAACAACAGCAUCCUCCUCCGCAACCAUCUCAGCAAGGAGGUCAAGUUCAAUCAAUUUGAGACACUCGCCGACCUGUGGGCGAAAGUUAUCCUAGAUGCGAAGGCGACCGGAAAAGCGUCUGAUUCAUUCGACACGCUCGCAGCUGCCGUUCUCUUGUCCUCCUUGAUUUGCACUAGAAGAGGACCUCACAGAAUCUAUUACCCGGAUCGUACGGAUGCGAAACGAGGACUCAACGUCAUCAGAGACAGACGUCUCAUUCUCAAUGCAGCAGUUGUUCUACUCGAUAAAGCCGAUCAUGCCGUAAUCUACAAUCUGUUAGAAUUAGAUUGUGUACUCUCUAUUUUCAGAACUCGAAGCUGGACUUGACGGAUUUGUGGGACGGCCGAAUGGUCUACUCGAUCUUCGACGAACUGAAUGCCAGUGUUUCCGUUCUCCCGUACCGACUUCAGGAGGAGUUUGCCAAGUACCAUCAGAAGGCCGGACUCACUGUUCCACUCGCAACCGACACAGCCGAAAAGCUGUUCGAUCCACUUCCUGAAAUCACUGAUCCUCUUCUGAAUCUUCCGAUUCUGUACAGUGUCACUUCUCCGAUGCUCAAGAGAUUCGUACCUGAAACUGAAAAAAUGACAUCGCAGAAUGCUGUGGAGGAAGGAGCAGUUCAAGAUUAUGCCGAAUUCUUGAAGGACACUUCUCAAUGGAGAUUGAAGCCGAUUGAGGAGACCUAUGCCCAGAAAGAGGAGAAGAUUGAGGAUGCGUGGCAGUUGAAGCGGGCGAACCGAGCCAAACAGUUCCUGAUGAGAUGGUACGAACUUUUCGCCAAUUCGCUUGAAGGUCGCGGAUCUAACUUGCUGGUUGACUUCUCGAGAGUUCCGAAAGGAUUUGCAACCGUCGAAGAGGAGGUCGUUGAAGAAAAGAAAACAGGAAAAGGAGGAUGGAGCGGACAGAAACAGCAGAAACCAGGGGCUGGUGGAAAGAAGGGAGUUGUGAAAGAUGCUGGAAAGUCGAAGAAGGAUAUGAUUCUGGAAGCGAACAAAAAGGCGAAGGAUCAGAAACUGGCGGAGAGUGAGAAGGUGAAGAUCAAAUACGGAUGUCAACAGGGCAAGGAGUCCAUUGUGUUCCUGAACAACCUUUACACCUCGCUCGAUCUUCCCGAAUCGAAAGCUCUUUGUCGCUUCGAAGUGACUGUCCGCGAAGGAAGAAUACUUUUCGAUCAUCAUCAAGGUCCUGAAAAGCAGGAAGCACGAAGAAGCGUUGCAAUCGAUUUGGUCGGACAUAUCAAGGACUGCUUCAUGAAACACUGGGAACAUUUGGAGCCGAAACAGAAAGAACAGAUCGUCGAUCUCUGGGUUUCUCUCGGUUUCGAUGCGCCAGCUGGUUCCAAGCCGUCUUCCGAAGCGAAACAGAAGAAGCUGAAUCUGGGUAUCAACAUGAUCUACUAUCAGUUGCAAUACGGAGGAGAACUCAUUGAUAUCCAAUCUGACCCAAAGAAGGACGACCGUGUGAGUGGAUUCGCUCCAGAUGGAUGGCAGAGAAAGAUGCUCGACGCAGUCGACAGAGGAAACUCAGCCCUUAUUAUCGCGCCGACUUCCGCCGGUAAGACCUUCGUCUCGUACUACUGUAUCGAGAAAGUGCUCCGUGCGAGUGACAACGAUGUCGUCGUGUAUGUCGCCCCAUCGAAAGCUCUUAUCAAUCAGGUUCGUUGCAAAUAUCGUUGACCCGCACACAAGUGAAAUUUCAGGUGUGCGGAUCCGUGUACGCCCGUUUCCGUAACAAGUCGAUGAAACGAGGAAUGUCGCUGUUUGGAACACUGACCCAGGAGUAUUCGCAGAAUGCAAUGCAGUGCCAAGUGCUCAUCACUGUGCCAGAGUGCCUGCAGGAACUGAUGCUCUCUAGAACACCGGCCGUCCAGAAGUUUGUGUCGCACAUUAAGUACGUCGUUUUCGACGAAGUCCACUCGAUCGGAGCCUCCGAAGAAUCGCAUAUUUGGGAGCAGCUUCUUUUGCUUAUUCAGUGCCCAUUCCUUGCUCUUUCCGCCACCAUCGGAAAUGCGGACAAAUUGCAUGAGUGGCUGAACUCCAGCGAGCAAGCGAAGAGUUCCACAAAACGGAAGGUCGAGCUCAUCAACUACGGAGAAAGAUACUCUGAAUUGGAGUUGUCCAUUCUGAACAUCAACGAUCCGCACGGAGAAGAAGGCGGAGCCGAACACAAGAAGGGAUCCGGCGACAAAGCGGUGAUUCCACUCAUGCCGUACGGAGUGUACAUGCCAGAGAAGUUGCGAAUGUUCUCUAUCCCGGAAGAUCAGCAGUUGACCGCCAAACAGAUACUUCAUCUGUACAAUAUGAUGGCGGAAGUCGAUCCCGCUUGCAAGUGAGUUCUCGCCACGCACUUUAAUAUUUACAGUUUUGUUUUUAGGAAAGAGUUCGAGCCAUGCACAUUCUUUGGUCAGCACGGUUCGAAAGCCGUCUGGAUUUCGAGAUCGGAACUCCGUCGCCUCGAAAACGCACUGAAAAAGAAGUUCAUGGAGUGGCUGACCACUGACGAGCAAAAGAUUAAUUCGAUUCUGAAAAUUCUCAAGGAGCCAGUCAACAGUCAGCUCACGCACAGAGCUCGUCCCUUCAACAAGGAAAAAGUUGCCAACGACUACGUCGUUACUCUUGUCGACGAAUUGAGAGACAAAGGAGAACUCCCAGCCAUCUGCUUCAAUGACGAUCGUCACGUGUGUGAGAAACUCGCCACUACGCUCGCCAACGAAUUGGAGAGAAGAGAACUGGAAUACAUGGAGACGGAUGAGUUCAAGACAAAGUAUAUGAUCAAGGACGAGAGUAAACUGGUGAAGCAGGCGAAGAAAAAGCGUGAUGAACCCGAGAAGAAGAAGAAGGGAGACAAGGACGAGGAUGCAGGUCCGGAGAAGGAGGACGACGAGAUGGACGUGCUUGCGAUAAAGAAGGCGAUACUCGCAAGAGUUCUCGAAAGAUUCAAGUUGCGCGGAAGAAACGGAGGAGAUUCGGAUUUGUACGCGAAAAUGACGGAGAGAAUGCAGAAGAACGCGAAAAACCGUGAGAGUACGCAGCUGCUUCUGAAGCUCUUCGAACGCGGAAUCGGAUUCCAUCAUGCUGGACUGAACACGACCGAAAGAGGCGCUGUUGAAGUGCUCUUCCGUUCCGGCAACCUUGCCGUUCUUUUCUCCACUUCGACCCUUUCUCUCGGAGUCAACAUGCCCUGUAAGACUGUCAUGUUCGGAGUGGACACUCUCCAUUUGACUCCUCUCCUCUAUCGCCAAAUGAGUGGUCGUGCUGGACGACGUGGUUUCGAUCAUUCCGGAAACGUUAUCUUCAUGAGCAUACCGACUAGGUUAGUUUUUUUAAAGCUGAUUACACCCAACGUUGUAUCUUCCAGCAAGAUCCGUCGCCUCUUGACUGCUUCCCUGUCGAAUCUUCAAGGAAAUCCACCUUUCACCGUCAUUUUCCUUCUCCGUUUGUUCGCUUACGUGCACCAACAGGACAUUUUGGACGACGAAGGACAGAAGGUGUCCACGAUGAAGCAGCGUGAUUUUGCCGCCAAGUCUCUCCUCGAGCAUUCCUUUAGUCUUCACACUCGCCGCGAAGCCUCUGAUGGUGUGCUCCAGAAGCAGCUUCGCAUGUUCUCUGCGUUCUCGUUCCAACUUCUCCGACAUAUGCAACUGCUGUCGCCUUUCGGUGAAGCCAAGAACUUUGCCGAGAUGGCCAUUCACUCGUCGGCUGGAGCUUCUGGAACACUUCUCUUCAUUUAUCUGAUGCAGAAGAAGUGCUUCCAUCAACUUCUCGAAAAAAUCGAGUCGCCGGAGCAGGCACAACUCACGAUGCUGGAGAUCCUCGCCAAUCUGUUUACCAACGUUCGCAUGGCUCCGUUCCAUGAGCGAAACGAUGCUCUCGAGAGCGUGCACGUCCAACUUCGCGGCCUGCCUGCUGAUUUGAUUCCGUUCGUCAAGGAAUACAAUGAAACGGUCACUGGACUCUACAAGCGAUUCAUGGCUGCGUCUUCCAAGGACGGAAGCCUCUUCGUGAGCGUUUCUCAUUGGUUCAUUUCUAAAUGUUUUGUUUCAGGAUCAGUCGUUUACGGUCAGUGGAAAAUUGGAUUCAGAGUCGGUUUCUCUGACCGAAGACUUCCUCGUCGCCCCGCUGUUCGAUCAGUACUCGCAUGAUGAGUCGUUCCUCCCAGUGCUCGAUUUCGACAAGAAGGACCAUCGCGGUCGCAAGAUUCAGCGCAAUGCGUUCGCUUAUGACUUUUUCGUGCACGGCUCCCGUAAAUUAUUGUGCGAAGUCAACAUUCUGAACGUGAGCACCGCUUGGUUCCAAGUCCACAAUUUCGCGGUUUGUCAAUUCCUUUCAAAUCACCUGCUCAAGCUCAUUCUAUUUUCAGUCGAUUCUCGAGAGACUCGCCGUUGGAGUGCACAACAUGGCCCGUCCUCAGGAUCCGCUCGUAUUGGUGCUCGAAGAUCUGGCCAAGAACUACGACGAGAAGUUCCGCAAAGCUUUUGGAAUGCGUUCGCGCGACUAAUUCUCCCAAUAACCCUCAUCUUCUCACUUUUCUAUAUGUUUCUUCUAUGCAGAAUACUGGUUACACCUUCAGUUUUGUAAUUGGAACGUCCCCGGUCGCUUUCAUACCAAAAAUUCCUUUACUAUGUUUCCAGUGCUGCCUUCCCAUUUCUGUCCUCUUGUUGUCUCGUUCUUUUGUUGCUUUUUCACUCCCACACAUUCAUAUACACAAAAAAAUUUUUGAAUUUUUUUCUAAUAUAAAGUUGUUGGUCAAUAAAGUGCAUGGAUGAAAAGAGGCAAUGUCACCGCGCCUUCUCGUCCCCCCGCGUCUCUUCCCCCCGAUGCGACACGUAUUAUAAAACAUUCGUAUCAUCGGGAGAGCACCUGCGGAAAGCGGAGGAAGCAGACGGCGCAGGGAGACGCACACAGUGGUACGGUGCCACGUCAGUUCGCGGUUUUGGCGCAUAUAAAAAUAUGAGGAGAGCGAGCGGCCGAUUCGGUUCGCAUGCAAACACUUUUGUAUCUUUCCGCCCGAGAAGAAGCGCGUUUCUUUCCUAGGAAUACUGUAUCAACCAGUCACUUUCCCUUCUCCCAUUUCUUUUGGUUUUCCAGAUAUUAUGUGUUCACAUCAAGUGAGUCAUCACUCGAAUUCGAAUGUUUCUCUACGUCUUUCGCAAUCGAUUCCAGUUGUGUGCCACGUCAUCGAAGCCCGGCCCCCUUUUUCAUUUUGACCGUCUCUUUCCUUUUCACUUUUUCCUUUUUCGCCAGCUCUCCAAACAAUUCGUCGUCGCGUAAACUAUACAAUCGGUGCAGUUUUCACGGGAAUACACCUGUGCGCCAACGGGCAACCGCCACGCGAGUAUAUCCCAUUACGGAAAAGGAAUUAUAAUCUGAGGACCGGGGGACCCUUUCCGCUUGAUAAGCUCUCUAAUUAUCUGGCUUCGUCUCCCUCGCUUCGCUCUCUCUCUCUCUCUCUCUCUCUCUCUUUCCGUCGGUAAGGCGUGGCCCGUAGUUGGGCCGGAGGGCUCCGCGAGCAGAGUGCUCGCGCUCUCGUGCUCUGCAGUCCCUCUCGGGUCCUUUGUCUUGCCCUUUCGCCCAACGUCUCUCUUAUCAUUAUCAACGGCUCCGUUGAUAACCAGAAAGAGGAAAAGAGAGAGAGAGAGAGCACACCUUUCCUCUCCCCAACACUUUCGCUCUUUUUUUCACUUUCGAAACUAUUUUGAAGUUUCUUAACGUUUAUUUUUCAGGGUGAUUAUUCCUACUGGGUUCGAAAUCAGAGUGAUCCGCCAGUCUGGACACCUUUCUUUUCUUCCCCAUUAUGUGAGGAAUCUUCGCAAGUCCUCCAAUAUUUAUUCUCUUGUAGGGAGCAAAUGUUCUAGUCAAGAAGCUCGUGAUGUCGUCGAUCUCACGUCUUCAGAAACUUUUCGGACAUCAUCGGAAGUUGGCACAAUUGCUGCCGACGAAAAAGAGGAUUCCGGAAGAUGCGGCUGAAGAGCGACAAGAAGGCGUCACGAAGCUGUUCAUCCCCCACCCCCCAUUGAUGACGGAGUCGUCGAGGUUGUGCCCCCUUCCGGAAACAGUGUCGCCGCGCCAUAUUACAUUAACUUCCGGAGUGCCCAGAAGCUUCCGGAAGACCCUCUUGCCCCCGUAA